AUGUUGUUUACGGCUUUCUUCACCUUGUCUUUGGUGACUUGUCAACUUGGGGUAACUGCACAGGAGAAGGUGAACCAGAGAGUAAGUCAAUCCAACACCCCCACAGCAGUUGAUUGCCAGCUGAGCAACUGGUCAGAAUGGACAGACUGCUUUCCAUGCCAGAACACAAAGUAUCGACACCGGAGCCUCUUGCAGCCUAGCAAGUUUGGGGGAACCAUCUGCAGUGGUGAUAUCUGGGACCAAGCCAGCUGUUCUAGUCCCACAGCUUGUCUAAGGCCAGCAGAGUGUGGACAGGAUUUCCAGUGUAAGGAGACAGGUCGCUGCCUGAAACGCCACCUCGUGUGCAAUGGAGAGAAUGACUGUCUUGAUGGUUCUGAUGAGGACAACUGUGAGGACUCCAGGGACGUGGAAAAUGACUGCUCACAGUAUGAGCCAAUUCCAGGAUCAGAGAAGGCAGCCUUGGGAUACAACAUCCUGACCCAGGAAGAGGCUCAGAGUGUGUACGACGCCAGGUAUUAUGGGGGCCAGUGUGAGACUGUGUACAACGGGGAGUGGAGGGAGCUGCGUUAUGACCCUGUGUGUGAGCAUCUCUAUCAUGGAGAGGAUGAUAAAUAUUUUCGGAAACCCUACAACUUCCUGAAGUACCACUUUGAGGCACUGGCAGAUACUAAAAUCUCCUCAGAAUUGUAUGAGGAUGGAAACGAGCUUCUUCUAACAGUGAAAAAUGGUCGGUCUCUGUUUGUAGGAGUGACCAUUAGCCUACAACAUCUCAUAAAAGGAACCUUGGGUGUCUCCGGUUCAGAAGCUGCUUUGUUCUUGAAUAAGUUGAGCAAGUAUAAUGAGAAGAAAUACAGAUUCAUGAGAAUUUCCACAAAGGUACAAACUGCCCAAUUCAAGAUGAGGAGGGAUGACAUCAUGCUGGAUGAAGGAAUGUUGCAAUCAUUGAUGGAGCUUCCAGAGCAAUACGAUUACGGCAUGUAUUCCAAGUUCAUCAAUGACUAUGGUACUCAUUACAUCACGUCUGGAUCCAUGGGUGGCACUUACGAAUACAUCCUGGUGCUUAACAAAGAGAAAAUGGAAUCUUUUGGUAUUACCACUGAAGAUGUCAAUAAAUGCUUUGGCGGCAUGGUUGGAUUACACUUUUUGAUCAUUGGAGGAAGUUUACAAAUAAAGGAUUGCAAGAGAUCUGGAAGUGGUAACAAAGAAACAGAAAAUAUAAGCCUGGCCGUAGAAGACAUCAUUUUCCGGGUGCAAGGUGGCAGUUCUGGCUGGGGCGGAGGCUUGGCACAAAACAGCAGCACUAUCACAUACAGAUUCUGGGGGAGGUCAUUAAAGUAUAAUCCUGCUGUUAUCGAUUUUGAGAUGCAGCCCAUCUAUGAAGUUCUGCAGCACACAAACCUGGGACGCAUGGAAGCCAAGCGCCAGAACCUGCGCCGGGCCUUAGACCAGUACCUGAUGGAAUUCAAUGCCUGCCGCUGUGGGCCCUGCUUCAACAAUGGGGAGCCCAUUCUUGAGGGCACCAGCUGCAGGUGUCAGUGCAGCAAUGGCCGCAAGGGCUAUGCCUGUGAGCAAACGGAGCAAAAAGGAGUCAAAGCAGAUGGUCGCUGGAGUUGCUGGAGCGCCUGGUCUGUGUGCACAGCAGGCACCCGGGAAAGGAGGAGAGAAUGCAACAACCCUGCACCCCAGAAUGGAGGUGCUUCUUGUCCAGGCUGGAGUGUACAGACACAAGCUUGCUGAUGCCUCUGAGCCAAGGUUGGGCUCAAUGCUAUGGCGGCCUCCACCUACACAGCUAGUGAAAACAGGACUUGUUUCAUGUCUGAGAACAUACAGACCAAUGAACACUUAUUCCUUUAUCUUUUUAAAGCAUCACUGACUUCUUCUAGCUUGGAUGUCAAGCCAGAAACCUGAGAGCGUCUGCUCAGUCCCAGAGCUGCUUCCACAACCGGGAUAUUCCCUAGAGUUGCAUGCCUACCUGUCCUUGUCAGUUACUAUGUGGGCUGCUGUAGUAAUAAACUGGCUGGCUUACAAGCAACAGAAAUCUAUUGCUCAUGGUUUGGGAAGCUGGAAAACCCAAAAUCAAAGCAUCAACAGAUUCUGCACAUGUUGUGGCUAGACUUGCUUUUUAUUUUACACAUCACUGGCAUUUGUGUCUUCAGGUGGUGUAAGGGACUAUGCAAUCUCUGGGGUGCCUUUUACAAGGCUUUUAAGUCAUUCCCAAGGGCUAUACCAUGACCCAAUAACCUCCAAAAGUACCCCCAUCUCCUAAAGAUAAAAAUUGGGGAAACUGUGCUGUGGCUUAAUAGGUAAAGCCAUGGCCCUACAGUACUAGCCUGUAACAUGGGCACCAGUCCUGGAAGU